AGGCUCAAGUCCCGGUAUUUUGAAGAUUCAUUGCCAAUAAUUCGCCUCCAUUCACAGCGACAAUGGGGCGUGGUGGAUGCCGGUUGUUUGGCAUGUCCAUGAACGAGCUUUUGACAUACAAUGUGCCUCUUCAAGCGGUGAUCAAAGAUUGGCGGCUUGGAGCCAUGAACUACUUGCUAAUGCUGCUCAUUGUGCUGUACAUCUUGGGAUAUCAGAUCUGGUAUCAAUGUGGCUAUUUACACAAACCUGCUAUCGGAGUCAGCAUAAUGACUGCACUCGAGAUGCCAGAGGUGCCCGUGGCACAUUCUAGCUUGCCCUACUGUUCAGACAUAUGCUCAACCCAUGUGAAGGCUUGCAGUUGCCGCGACUACCAUGCGGAAGAGGUACUGCAUCAGGGUGACUCUUCCAUAACAAUAGUGACAUCUACUGACUUUCUCACGAAAGAUAACAUCAUUACAAUGAGAGAAUACGUCGCAAAUGUGGAGAACUACAGCCUUUUGAUCGAGCCCACAAUUUAUCAAGUGAACAAGAAGCCCACCGGCCGGAACUUGGUUCUGCCAGGGGAUGAGAUUCAGGGCCGGCUCUUUGUGGGGAGACUGGGUGCGGAGUCUACUCGAGAACAGCAGGAACUCUGCCAGGAAAAGGCCCUACAACCGGAUGGCGCUUGGGCACACCCAGAGGGCCAGCCUACAAAUGCCGCGCCUUGCUACGUCCUGGCAGACACGCAGGUGAAUGGGAAUGACGUUUUCAAGGUAUCCACACUGCUGCGCUCCAUGGGGAAAUCCUUGGACAGUAUGGAAGGCAAGGAUUGGAAGAAGAACAUCACGCGGAACUUGCGUGACAGCGGGCUUUCCGUGCUGCUCUCUCUGCGAGUUCACUCGUAUCAACCGGGCAAAGGCUUGAUCAAGCCCUACUACGUGCUCGACUUACAGGCAGAAGGGGAUUCAAGGCAGUACUUCUCCAUUUGGAGCGUUGAUACCAAGGCGAACGGUCAGCGAGAGUAUCGGCACGAGCACGGCUUCCGCAUGGAGAUCGCGGCUUCCGGGACCUUUGCGAACUAUUCCACCGCGGAUCUCCUGGACAACUUCACCAAUGGCAUGGCCCUACUGGCCUUCUCGGCCAUCGCGGUGAAGUUCAUCGCCAUCUACUUUUGCCCCUUGGGCCAAGUGUACAAGAGGGCCAUGACCCGGGAUACCCCGGAGGGCCAAGAUUUGGAGAAGCUGAUGGACGCAGAUUUCGAGGAGGUGAAGAGCAAACACCAAGAACUCUACAGCCACCAGACUGGCACAAAGGAGGAGAUGGUCUUGAGGAUGGCACAUCAUGUCCACGACUCUGAAUCAUCGACGGACUAGCUGAAAGUUUAUAUAGAUGCUCAAUGGACCGUGCAAUAGAUUGUGCAUGUGCCUGGGCAGAUCGAGCUAACGCCCAGAAGCAAAA